AUGGCUAAAGUGGCACCCAGCACAGGCUGUGGGGACAUCAGCCAGAACUCCAUCCGGCACAACCUGUCCUUAAACAAGUGCUUCAUCAGGGUGCCCCGAGAGAAAGAUGAGCCCGGGAAAGGAGGAUUUUGGAAGAUGGAUCCCCUGUGCACUGACCAGCUCAAGAAGGGUUCCUUCAGAAAGAGGAGGAGGUCCCCAGGGCAGAUCCAUCCGGCAUUCACAAAAACAGCCCAUCAAGAGUCACAGUGUGAUGCCAGCCCAGCCACUUCAGUUUGCACCCCCACUAACAUCUUCAGGGUCAGCAGAGAGUCCCAGCAGCUACUGGAGGAGUUGGAAGAAGCCACCAGCAGGCAGACCUGGGAUCCAGCUGAGAGCCAAGCAGGGCAGAAGCACCAGCAGCCCUCGCCCAUCCCACCGGCCAAGGUGGCUCGACUUUCCAACUCUGCCUUGCUGACCCAGGAAGAACAAGAGGAGCUGGGAUCCUUGAAAGGUGACUUGGACUGGGAAGGCAUCUUCGACUCCAACCUGAAUGCAGACUUGCCCACUUUUGGGGAUCUGGACCUUCUGUCUCCAACCAACCCCACCAUGCAUGACUUGGACUUGACGGUCCCUGGGCAGCACACCGAGGGUCCCCAGGGGCAGGAGCAGGGCCACACUGAAUCCCACCAGAAAAGUCUGGAGUGGGAUGAAACCUUCAUGGCUGCUGCUUUCCUGCAGAAUCCCUGGGACGAAGGGACAAACGACUGCCUCAACAACACUGUCAACAUGAAGGAGGUGUUUGAAUGGAAUGAAACUCCUUCGCCAGAAGCAGGAAAAAAAGGUCUAUAA